CAGUAGACAAAAAUAAACCAUUGGGAGAAGCUCACAUAAUUCAUUCCAACAGUAUUAAGGCUCUGGAAGAGGAUUUAAAAAGAAUGGAUUUAUUUACGACUUUGGUCAAGAAAAAACCUACUUCUUUAACAGAUUUAGCCAAGUUGUUAGGAAAAGAUUACACUAACGUUUUAAAUGAAGUUCAAAUAUUAGAAAGUAUGGGAAUCAUUAAACUAGAAAAAGAAGCUGAAGAAAUAAGGCCAAUUGCUCUUUAUGAACAAAUAAUAUUUGACUUUUCGGUUCAGCAACCAUUAAUAAAUAUGAUACAAAUGGAAACGGUAACUGGCUGA